AUGUUGUUCCAAACUCUAUCAUCACUCGCUCUGGCGAGCACGGCACUGUGUGCCCCCACGAUCAACUCUCUUAAUCGCCGAGAAGAGGUAGACCACGAUUCGCUAAAUCCGGUCGCAACACGAGUCCAGAGUGGCGCACUCGGUGCUGCAAUCGAGAAUGGUGGCUUGGAGCCCAGCGGGAGCCAGACCGGCGACUGCGAAGACACCACCAAGGGCCAGACCUACGCGAGGGCGUCAACACAGGCCGACGGCAACGUGGCGAUCAUGUACUCAUGGUACAUGCCCAAGGACCAGACCGUCGACGAGGUCUCCCCCGGUUCGCACAGGCACGACUUCGAGAACGUGGUGAUAUGGCUGAGCAGCGACAUGGCGACCGUGCUCGGCGGCGCGGCGUCGGGCCACGGCGACUACAAGAAAACGUCUGGCGCCCUGCCCGGGGGCGACAGCGCCACCGUCGAGUACUUCGCGAGCUUCCCCACGAACCACGAGCUGCAGUUCACCGAGACGGUCGGCAACACGUAUCCCGUCUCGGACUGGGAUGCCAUGCCGGAUGCUGCCAAGAGUGCGCUGCAGGACACCGAUUUUGGUGACGCAACUCCUCCUUUCAAGUCCUUGACAAAGCCGCUCAAAAUCCAGAAAGCAGAAACGCCCCGGAGGAGUCUGAAGCUACAGACCGCCCAUCUAGUUCAAAAGUUAAAGAUGCCUCAAAUGUUCCUGAAGGGGUUGUUGAUCCUGGCAUGCCUGGCCCUCGCCAUUCACGGGCACGAAUACAGGAGAAGGAGCUCGAGUACAAUCGACAUCAGGAACCCCCUCCAGGCCCCGCUUCAGGUUACUGCAAAGCGAAUCUCAGGCUCGGGCUCUAACAUCACCGCCUUUGUCGAUGAGCUAGGCCCGCAACUUUCGUCAGAAGCAUCGAUCACACUGGCUGGCUCUGAAGAAUUCGACGAACUGAUCUUGAGGUGGACUGCCUGGGAAGCUCCAAGUUUCAAGGCAACAGUCCAAGUCUAUACGGAGGAGGAUGUCAGCAAUACGAUCAAAGCUUCAAAUAAAUUCGAACUUCCCUGGCUAGCUGUCUCUGGCCGCCAUGGAGGCAUCCUGUCCCUCGGCAAGCUGGACGCCGGAGUGCAGAUCAACCUCGACCACCUGGACAGCCUUGUCGUUAGUUCCGAUGGCAAGACGGCUACAAUUGGCGGUGGGAUCACCUCAGGAGAGGUGACGGCUGCCCUGUGGGAUAAGGGGAAAUGGACAACUACGGGGUCUUGUGAAUGCACGUCGCUUGCCGGCCCGAUGCUCGGCGGUGGUCAUGGUUUCCUCCAGAACCGCUUUGGCCUUGCCCUCGACAACCUUGUCUCGGCGAGGGUUGCGCUCGGGGACGGGAGUGUCGUGACAGCCAGCGACGAUUCGCACCCGGAUCUCUUCUGGGCUCUUCGGGGGGCUGGCCAUAAUUUUGGAAUUGUCACGGAGCUUGAGUACAGAAUUUAUGACGUGCCAGUCGAAAACAAGUGGGUGUUCGCCGACCUGUUUUUCACCGCAGACAAAGUCGAGGAGGUUUUCAGGGUUACGAACGAAAUCAGCAACGAGGGCGACCAACCGAUCGAGAUCAUCAGCUUCAUAGAAUAUCGGAUCGUGCCUGCCUUCGACCCCGUGAACCCAGUCAUCGAGAUACUUUUCCUCUAUGAAGGCACCUCAGAGGAAGCCGAAAAGUAUCUCGGCUUAUACAGGGCAAUCGGCCCAGAGUCAUCCACACUGGUGGACGCAGUGUACCCCGACUUUGCCAGGCUCGUGCGCUUCAGCAGACAAGACCCUGCCUGCCUCGAAGGCCAACUACACGUGCAGCGAUUUCCUGCGGAUCUGGAGGUCUACAACAUCACGACCCAGAAAGAGCUGCUGGUCAAGUUCCGUGACGUGGUCGCCGCCAAUCCCUUUCUCGACAACUCGUUCUACAUAUUCGAGAACUACGGCUACACUGCGGUCAAGACGAUACCGGAUGAAUCGACCGCGUACCCUGAUCGCUUCAAUGCCUAUCUCAUAGCUCCUUGUCUUAUAUACACCAACAGCACUCCGGAAAACGACGAGAUUGCGAGGCAGGCUGGUGAGGAGUUGCGUUCUGUAGCGGUCGCCGGACGGCAGGACGGCAGGCUUUAUGCGUAUGUCAACUACGCAAAUGGGUAUGAGACGUUGGAAGAGCUGUAUGGACAUGACGCCUGGAGGCUUGAGAAACUGAGAAAUCUCAAGCAAAUUUACGACCCGGAUGCACGGCUGAAUUUCUAUGCGCCCAUAGUCUAG